AUGAGCAAGCGUCCCUAUGAGGAGAGCUCGCGUCCAGCGCAGCACGCCGAUAACGCUUAUCAGCAUCACAAUGGCUUGCCGCUGCCCAUCCAUGAUCUUCUCUCGCCCCAGGAGGACCAUUCGCCAGGGCCGUCCAAGAGGCCUAGGAACUUCAUCGCCUCCGUAGCAUGCGAGAAUUGCCGCCUCAAAAAAACAAGAUGCGACGAGUCCCGUCCGAAAUGCGGACUAUGCAAGUCUCUGGGCUUGGACUGCGUCUACAAUGAGCGCAAGUCUUCCAAACGGGAUCAAUCCCUCAGCUUGAUCAUGAGCACUCUGCAUCGACUCGAGACUAAGAUCGAGCAUCUCCCGUCCACCGUCUGUAAUGACAUGCAGCCGGUGCUUCGUGGUCAAGUCCAGGCUCUCCAGGGUACUAAAGAAACCAAUUCAGCAGCUCAUGGCCACAGCCAUAGUAGCAGUAGCAGCGGCAACAAGCAGCCCUUCUCCCAGGGUCUCACGCCGGACAUGGGUCCACCGGAUGACUUUGAGUUCGACGAGCAUCCGACAAAAGAUUCGAAUGGGCAUGUGUCUAUCUCCUUCAGUCAACAUGGCGUGAUUCUCUGGCCCGGGACUCGAGAGAUCUUGCCCGAAGGACUCCUCGAAGCUCAUGAACAUUUAGGGAAGAAUUACGUGAUUGAUCUGGAAAUGAAACGACCGUCAUUACCCAUGUACAUCUGUCCAUUUCCUCCACAGGCUGCCGAUGGCUGGUUGGAGACUCUUCCGUUGGCAAUGGUCAAGGGUCUUGCAGAUGCGUUCUUCGCCACGUUUAACCCGUUUACCCCAAUCAUGGACAGGAAUUUCUUCUUUGCGUUUACUCUUGGUGCAGCCAUCGAAAACAGUUUUGGAUACACCAUGGAGAGCUGUCUGGUUCUCAACGUUCUGGCCCUGGGGUGUCUGGCCGUUCAAGCCCAUCAAGAAGGAGAUUAUCCCUUGCCAGGUACACGAAGUGGUGGAUUUGAACUCCCAGAUUGGAUGGACGUAAUUGAUGAAGAGCCACCUGGCCUACGGUUCUUUAACGAAGCACGUCGACGGAUUGGCUUUUUGAUGUGUGACAACGAUAUCCAGAGUUGUCAAUUUUAUCUGUUAUCUUCAGUGUACUACAGCCAAAUCCUCCGUCCAAUGGACGCAUGGGCCAUGAUCCAUCGCGCUGCGACAUGCUGUCUCUCCAUGCUCACCAACCACGACGUCAACUUCGACGAAUGGGAAGGUGACAUGAAAUCCCGCGUUUACUGGAACUGUCUCAUGAACGAGACCAUCCUCGUCCAAGAGCUACACCUCCCCCCAAGUGGUCUUGCACGACUCGAAGAGUUCGUGCCAAUCCCGAAAUUCAUCCCGUUCGAGACGGCGGGGUUUGUAUCGGCGAGUUUGUUCAGUUCGGCGGGGGAGAUUGACGAUGCGUUCUUUCAAUACCAUUUCCUCGCCCAGGUUGCGCAUCGCAUUAUCCUGACCCGCAUCCGGCACUCAUUAUACUUUUAUUCCGACUCGGGAACCUUCCCCCUCCCCGCUGUCAACGCAGAACUCCUCCACCAACUCGAACAAUGGCGCAUCAACCUCCCUCCGGCUUUAAAAUUCUCCAAUGAAGCCCUCUCCACCCCAGCCCCAGCACCAACAUCUCCAGCACAACAAUCAACGUCAACAUCAACACCACGAGACACCCUAACAGACCCACCCCCCUCCCCCGCAAUAGUCGUAACAGAUGCCAUGCUCCGCGGGCGCUACAAAAUCGCCAAAUUCCACAUCGGCAGACCAUACCUCUACAAAGCUCUCCGUAUCCCUGCGUCUCUGACAGAGCAUGACCUCGAGCAGGUGCGCACGGGGCUGCAGUAUGCCAUGGAUUGGCCUGUCAUGGGUGGGAUUUUCAGGGAGAUGAAGAGUUGUAUUCCGAUUAAGUUUGCGUUCUGUUCGCAAUUCUUCGGACAAAUCCUACUAUUCUAUUGUAUCUCGCAUUCCUCGUCGCCCAAAAUACGGGAUACAUUACCCGACGGCUGGGAACGAUGGAAUAGCGAGAUGUGGCGGUUCCUCGAGGACUGCGCGCCGUUUAGUCCGGCCGUUGCGCAGGAUUUGGAGUUGUUAAGGCUUCUGUAG